UUGAAAGUGCUUUGGCAUUUGGUUUGUAUUGAAUCUUUCUGGAAUGUUUCUGCUAAUAAUUGAUCAUAUGGAAAUGGCAUGAUUUUUCUUUUGACUGGAAGACGAACAUCCUUGCAGCUGAUGUGAUUUGAAAAUGUCUAAUGUGAUUUGCGAAAGCUCCUCCAGCCUUAAGGUUUUACUUUAAUGUUAGAGGAUCGAUCAGUCACUAUCAUUUUCUGUUUUUGAAAAUAAAUGAGUGGUGAAAGGUCUAAAUCAUUUUAUUUUGAUCGGUUGAAGUGCAUUUGUCGUUGCUUAUAUAAUUCAUACCUCAUUGGAUCAAAGACAUUACAAAAUCAUUUAUUCAAGCAUUCAAAACUGCAUUGGUUAGGUUAGAUUUAGUUAUGAUCUGAAAGCUGGAGGUCUCCAAACCAUGAAGGUUGUGAUGUGAAAGGCAAGCCCGUGACUCUUUUUUCUCUCGUUUUUUCCCCUGUUGAUAUGAAUCCCAAAUCAAAUAGAAAACUCUGACUUUAAGCACAAUUAAAUCCACAAUCUUACCCUUAAUUCCCUUUGAAAAUUCAACGUUCAUUAUAUUUUCCAAUUUCCAUAACACAAAUAAACAAAGAGUGAAACUAGAUAGACGCUUAAGCAAAUCUUUUCUUAUCCAUUGGGUGGUAAAGGCGUUUCUUUUUUCUGCUCUUGGGUCCUUCGGAAGCCCAAUUAUUCCAUGGGCCUUGUCUCCCAAUUACACUAAUAAUCUCGUGUUCAUUGAUGUCUGGAAUCCAACAAAAGCAAGAUCAGAAGGCAUGCAAACGGUGGCGUGUAACAGUUAAAACAAAGUGCAUGGCAGUUGGCACAAAACAAAUGCUCAAGAGGUUUCCAUAGCCACAAACGUGCCCAACAGCCGCAUUCCAGCACACACCUUUUCGUUUUUUCGGCAUUAAAGUCUCUUCCAUUCAUUCCUCACUGUAAUACUGUUCCCCUGCAUAAGCAUGGCAAUUACUUCCUUCUCUGCAUCACUUCAGCCUUAGAGAGAUCAGACAAUGAAAUUUACAUGCUUUCUUUUAUUAGUCAUUUACCCACCAUUAAAGUUUUAGAAUAUAUUUAUAUUUUUUUGAUAUCUACAAGUUCAAAGGCAUAGCAUGGGCCGUCCUUAGGCACUAGACAGGAGUCACCCUACUUCAUUCAUCUCCUUAUCCCCACGGAUUUUCUGGUCGACUUUGAAGUUUUUCAAAUCUGGGGUGAGGAAAACUGGGUUUCCAACUUCUUUUAAAAAAAUGGUGGGAUGAAAAUUUUCAUGGGCUGAGUUGCUGCAUAUAAGGAGCUUUUGAGAGGUCUUUUCAAGGGUGUAACUGUAAAGGGACAAGCACACUAUUUUUUUGGUGAGGAAAUCGUCAUCUGGCUAUAACAUUGACAUUAUGAAGGUUCCUGGGAUUUGGGUUUUCUUCUUUGUGUUCGGGACAGCUUUUCUUGUUUCUACGUUCUCCAGCAGCUCCUCCAUUCCUGGUAUGGAGUUUUCCCAAAAUGGUGAUGGUAGCAUGAGUAUAACAGGAACAAGUAGGAAGCUGAAGGGGAAUGGCUACAAUCCAAGCAAUGAAAAGAGGAGCAAUGUGGACCUAGAAGAUUACCAUCCCAUUGAUCCAGUUCCAAGUUCAAAGGCAUCUAUAAAACCUGGUCCUAUUGAGCAUGGUAGUCCUCUUAUUCCAUACAUACCAAAAGCUUCACCUCCAGGUCAUCCCAAUAAUGGUGGUUCCACAUAGCCAUCUCAAAGUCAUUUCUAUGAUCUGAAGAAAUUGUAUCAUCUUAUAUAACCAGCUUGUUUUCUGUAUCCUGUCCAGACAGUAACUUCAGGUUGCCUAUGUAUGCAGCUUAUGUUUGUGUAUGAACUAUGAAUGUUUUUGGCAAGAAAUAACCAGCUGAUUUUUAUGCUUUCUAAGUUUUCUUCUUCCUUAUGUCCUUUUCCCGGCACAUAAUUAGCAUAUCGAUUUGCACAACAUAAUAUUAUUAUCUAACUCCAACAGGAAACUGUAAAAAACGAGUGUUACAGCUGCUAACUGAUCCCCCAAUUUUCU